AUGUCCAUCAUCCACAACAUGCUCUUCGUCAUCGCGUUCGUCGGCGUCGCCCACGCACUCAAGUGCCAUCUCAUAUCGUACGGAAACCUCAGCGACGCGAACGCCAUCACCACGAGCACCUCUCUCCAGGACUGCCCGAUAGGCGCCAAUUCGUGCGUCAAAACGAUCGACUACUCGCGCAACGUCUUCUCGAAACAGUGCCAGAUCGGAAAUUGCACAGUGAGUCAACGGCAUCGAUCGUCGUCAUCGAUUUCUAUCCAUCCACUUUCAGACGGCGACCGGGGUGACCCAAGCACCCGCCAACUGCUUCAACUCCACGUCGAACGGAGCCGUGAUGGCCACUUGUUGCUGCUAUGGAGACGGGUAAUUGUGAAAGAUUUCGAAAUCUGAAAACGAUUGGGAUGAAUCAAACAGCUGAAAACUUUCUGCGAAUUAGUUGUUUACGCGCUUGCGCCCCUCUGUUGGGUACAUCUGAACUCAUUUUCAGAUGCAACGCAAGUCCGUCGCUUCUGCCGCUCGUCUCUUCAAUCCUCGCCGUGCUGACGUCGGCCUUCCUCCUCUCCUAG